ACACUAAUCACCAAAUUAACAAAAUACUCUCUCCAAUUAAACAUGUCGACGCCGGCGAGAGGCGGCAACCGCGAUUACUGCUACCGAGAAGUGGUGCCGUUCGCGGCGAUGGUGAGCCUGCAAUGCAUCAACGUCGGACUGAACACGCUGUUCAAGGUCGCGGCCAACGGUGGGAUGAGCCGCCACGUGUUCAUCGUGUACGCCUACGCCGUCGCCGCCCUCAUCCUCCUCCCCGCCCCCUUCUUCUCCCGCCGCUCAGGAACUCUGCCGUCGCUUAAUUUAUCGCUUCUGGUGAAGUUUUUUGUGCUCGGAGUGAUCGGGUAUUCGUCGCAGUUGAUGGGAUUCACAGGUAUAAAUUACGGUUCUCCGACGCUUGCUUCCGCCAUCAGCAACCUCUCUCCGGCCUUCACUUUCGUCCUCGCCGUCAUCUUCAGGAUGGAAAAGUUAGUGGUAUCGAGCUCGAGAACUUGGGCCAAACUUGUAGGCGCGGUGGUAUCCAUAUCGGGAGCGUUUGUAGUAACAUUUUACAAAGGUCCGACCAUCAUUAAUGGAAAUGCCCCUCUUUCCACUCCCCUUUCACUAUAUCCAGUAUUCGACUCGGCUCGAUCUGACUGGAUCCUUGGUAGCCUAUUUCUUACUGUCGAAUAUAUCCUCUCUCCCAUAUGGUGCAUUUUUUUGACACACAUCAUGAAAGAGUACCCUUCGGGCUUGACCAUAAUGUUCUUUUACUCAUCUAGCGUGAGCCUUCUAGCUGCACUCGUGGGGAUAUUUGUCGAACCGGACUCUAGUAAAUGGAUCAUUAGACCUAAUAUUGCUUUGGUCUCCAUCGUAUGUUCGGGAGUGUUGAAUGGUUGCAUAAGCAAUAGUGUUGAUUCUUGGCUCUUGCACAUGAGGGGCCCGGUCUACGUGGCAAUGUUUAAGCCUCUUCAAAUCGCCAUAGCUGCAGCCAUGGGAGUGAUCAUCCUAGGUGACACUCUUUAUCUUGGAAGUAUGAUUGGAGCAAUAAUAAUAGUGACCGGUUUCUACACUGUGAUGUGGGGGAAAGCAAAGGAAGAGGUGGGUGAUUUUGUCACUGAAACAGGAGAUUUGGAGUGGUCAACAACAGAUCAAACUCACCCCUUUCUACAAAGUUACAAAGUCCAAAACUUGUAGGAGUAUGUAUGCAUAAGGAAAGCCACCAUGAGAAAUUUUGGUGUCCAAUUGUUGGACUUAUAUAAUUUAUGAAGAAUAAAAAAGGUCUAUAUUGAAUGCAUAUGUGAAUAUUGACCUAAUGUCACGUGUAAUUAUGCUUCAAGUCACCUAAAAUUAUAUAUGGUUUAUGAUUCUAAGUUUUUGA